AUGGACACAGACUUGUGUUUCACUUCUCGUCGGUCACCUGUGGUGUGUUUACACGGCUGUGUGGCGUCCAGCCAGCCCCUCGCUUCCGCUGUAGGACUGGAUGUUCUGAAGCGUGGUGGUAAUGCUGCAGAUGCUGCGGUGGCCAUAGCAGCGGCUCUAGCAGUUACAGAACCGUGCAGCACCGGUCUUGGUGGUGAUGCCUUCUGCUUGUUCUUUACUAGCAACACCGGCGAGAUCAAAGGGAUAAAUGGCAGUGGUCGUUCUCCCAAAGGCUUGACUCUGGAAUACCUAAUGGGUCGCAUGUACAGUGCUAAUGACCCCCCUCCAGUUUUUGACGCUCUGAAUGUUACAGUACCGGGAGCACCUGCGUGCUGGUGUGAUACCAUAGAGAUGUUUGGUAGUCAUAAGCUUUCCUUGCAGGAGGUGCUCAAUGGGGCAGUGGAACUAGCUGAGGUGGGGUUUCCUGUUGCUGAAGUCACUGCUUACCAUUGGAAACACUGGGUGACUGAGCUACGAAACGCUGGGAGGGAACUUGAUGAAGCCCUGCUGAUUGACCAUCAGCCACCCAAACACGGACAAGUUUUUCGUAACCCUGCCCUAGCCCGAACUCUGAAGGAAUUGGGGCAGCAUGGAAAAGCAGCUUUCUACCAAGGCAGAGUUGCCCAAGCCAUCACUGAUAUCAUCAUCCAACAUGGAGGAGUCAUGACAUUGGAUGACCUCAGUACCCAUGACAGUGAUGUUGUUACGCCUAUAAGCACAAAGUACAAGGGUGUGUGCCUAUGGGAGUGUCCUCCUAACAGCCAAGGGUUGGCUGCCCUGCUGCUGCUCAACAUCCUGGAGAACUUCCCUCUCAAAGAUUUAGCUCAUAAUAGUGCAGACUACAUCCACAUCUUUGUGGAAGCUGUUCGCUUGGCACUAACAGACGCUCACAGCUUUGUGUGUGACCCAGACCAUGUGACAAUUCCACUUAAAAGCCUACUGGAAAAAGAGUUCAGCAGCCAGCGAGCACAGCUCAUCAACAUGGACAGGGCCAUGGGCGAUGUAGAGCCUUCACUGAUAACAGGAAGCGAGACAGUCUAUUUCAGUGUGGUUGACAGUCAGGGGAAUGCCUGUUCUUUCGUCAACAGCACAUAUAUGGGCUUUGGGACCGGGCUUGUUCCGAAAGACUGUGGUUUCUCACUUCAGAAUCGUGGGGCCAACUUCUCUCUUGAUCAUAACAGUCUUAAUUGUGUGGCUGGAGGAAAGCGACCCUACCACACUAUCAUACCCGCGCUCCUCACUGACUGUGCAACUAAAUCUCAAAAGAUGCAACUUCUUGCUUCCUUGGGCGUAAUGGGCGCUAUGAUGCAGCCACAAGGACACAUUCAGGUUUUGUGUAACAUGUUGGAGUUUGGGAUGAAUCCACAGCAAGCACUUGAUUCACCAAGGGUCUAUGUAGAAUAUGACCGCAAAGAAAAGCAAUGGUCAGUGAACUUGGAGGAGGGGAUCAAACAAGAGGUCGCUGAGGCUCUAAGAAAACGAGGCCAUAAAGUCAACUGGCCAGUCACAGGUCACAAGAGGUCUCAGUUUGGAAGGGGACAGAUCAUCACAUUAGGAGAUUGGUGGGACCCAUCUGUCAAUCACAAUGACCAUCCAACAAGGGUGUUGUGGGCAGGAUCCGACCCCCGAUCAGAUGGAUGUGCCAUGGGAUUCUAG